AUGGGAGGAAUCAAUAAAAAGAAUAACUAUAGUUACGGGAGCUUAGGUAACUCAAGCAGAGGCAAAAGCCAAAAUCAGAAGAAUUCAGCCCGUGGAGGCUUUAUGCAAAGGAGACAGGCUCAGGAGAACCGUAUUGGAGGAGAUCGGAGUGUCCACCAUGAGCUGGCCAAAUCCACACCAAGUGUUAGUGGUCGUUGCAUAAGAUGUGGGAGAAAUCACCCAGGACAGUGUUGGGAAUGCUACAGAUGCCAUAAGUUUGGACAUAUAGCUCGUAAUUGUCCAGAGAUGCAAGAGCAAACUCCCAGUUUUAGAUCCACAGUGCCCGAGAGAGUUUUUGCUCUGACUAGAGAGAAAGCUGGUACGUCUCCUAAUCUGAUUAGAGGUACUGUCUCUCUUCAAGGACAUAAUAUACCUAUGUUAUUUGAUUCUGGUGCCACUCAUUCUUUUAUUGCUGCAGAAUGUGCUUAA